AUGGUUGCAGACUCAGUGCAGAUUGCAAACUGCGCACCGAGCCAAUAUUUAGGAGCCUAUUUAGAAGAAAGCCACAAAAGGGUUGUAAGCGGAUCUCCCAAAGAACCCAGCCCAGCUGUCGCAUUCUCACGACUAGUCGCCGAAGGUGCUGAGACUCGACAGAGAGAGAACGGAAACAAGUCAGGAUGUAUAGCAGAAGCUACAAAUCUAGAAAAAUCAGUCUCAUCUCACGGUACUAAGCACGACCAUUCCAUUUUGUUAUGA